AUGCUGGCAUGCAAAUAUCUUGUCCUGAUCGCUGCAAUUCUCUGCUGUUUGAGUGGAGCUCUGGCCGUAACCUGCGCAGACGAUCCCUCGGAUGCCAAUUGCAUCGAUUGCAACACCGACACCACCAACGAUGAGUGCACUACCACUACAACAACAACCACGGUGGCUCCAACUUCAACAUCCACUUCAACAGCAGCGUCAGUAGCUGCGACUACGAAAAAACCCGGAAAUGUGAAGAAGGUCACCAUUAAGAACAUGAAGUUCAAAGUCAAGAGGAAAAUAAAGGUGGUCAAAAAGUCGGGAUAA